GUGUGGCAUAGAUUGAGAUAGCCUUUCUGAGAUUUUCCUUCUUCCCUUCUCAAAACACAACCAAAAAAAUCAAGAAUCACACCCUCUCAAAAAAUAAGAAAUUACCACAGCAAAAUCCCAACUAUCUACACUUCAAGAAGAACAGAAAAAGAAAAGCCAUGACCAACAUGAUCAUGGCCUCCUCCAAAGCCAUAAUCACUUCAUCUCCAUCUCCAAGAUUCAAACUUUCCCUCCAACAAAUCCCCCUUCCCAAAAUACCCCUCCCCAAAUUAACCAAAUCCCUCAAACCCCUCUCCAUCCCAUCAAACCUCAAGUCCAUUUCAGUAAUUCUUGCUAGCUCAUUGGCCAUAGCACCACCUUCACUAGCAGAAGAAAUUGAAAAAGCCUCCCUUUUUGACUUCAACUUAACACUUCCCAUAAUCAUAGCUGAAUUCCUCUUUCUCAUGUUUGCUUUAGACAAGCUUUACUUUUCCCCAUUAGGUAAAUUCAUGGAUGAAAGAGAUUCUUCCAUUAAAGAGAAACUAAACAGUGUGAAGGACACAUCUGCAGAAGUGAAGCAAUUGGAAGAUCAAGCUGCUGCAAUUAUGAGAGCUGCAAGAGCUGAAAUAUCAGCAGCAUUGAAUAAAAUGAAGAAAGAGACUCAACUAGAAGUUGAACAAAAGAUUGCAGAAGGGAGAAAGAAAGUUGAGGCUGAGUUACAAGAAGCUUUGGCUAGCUUGGAUAAGCAAAAGGAGGAGACUAUUAAGAGUCUUGAUUCUCAGAUUGCUGCUCUUAGUGAUGAGAUUGUCAAAAAAGUCCUUCCUGUUCAGUAACUAAUUCUGAAAGUUGUAGUAGUAUAAUUUUUUUUUUUUAAUUACUGUUUGAUCAAAGAAAUAUAAAUGUGAUAUACUUGGUCCUUUUAUAUGGUGAAUCUCAUGUAGUGCACAUCAUCUUUUACUC